AUGGAAAAUAAGAAUAACGUCACUGUGUUUAUUCUCUCGGGACUGUCUCAAAACAAGAACGUUGAAAUCCUCUGCUUUGUAUUAUUUUUAUUUUGCUACAUUGCUAUUUGGGUGGGAAACUUACUCAUAAUAAUUUCUAUCAUGGGCAGUCCACUAAUGAACCAACCCAUGUAUUUCUUCCUUAAUUGCCUCUCACUCUCUGACCUUUUCUACACCUCAACAGUGACACCUAAACUAAUGGCUAAUUUGCUGGCAGAAAGGAAGACCAUUUCCUACAGUAACUGCAUGACACAGCUUUUUACCAUACAUUUAUUUGGAGGCAUGGAGGUCUUCAUCCUCACAGGGAUGGCCGAUGACCACUAUGUGGCCAUCUGCAAACCCCUACACUACACCAUCAUCAUGAGCAGAGAGAGGUGUAAUGCUAUCAUCACAGCCUGCUGUACUGGGGCCUUAAUCCACUCUGCCAGUCAGUUCCUCCUCAUCAUCUUCCUACCCUUCUGUGGCCCCAAUGAGAUAGAUCACUACUUCUGUGAUGUGUAUCCUUUACUGGAGCUGGCCUGCACGGACACAGGCAGAAUUGGUCUCUUGGUCGUUGUUAAUUCAGGGCUGAUUGCUCUGAACUUUGUGAUUUUGAUGGUAUCCUGUUUUCUGAUAUUAUACACCCUUAGGGCUUACCCUGCUGAGAGCCGCUCCAAAGCUCUUUCCACCUGCACUUCCCAUGUCACAGUUGUGGUUCUGUUCUUUGUGCCUGUUCUCUUUAUUUACAUUCAGCCCCCUUCAACUUUUCUGGAAGACAAAGUGUUUGCUCUUUUCUACACCAUCAUUGCCCCCAUGUUCAACCCUCUGAUCUACACACUGAGAAACAUGGAGAUACAGAAUGCUGUGAAGAAAAUGUGGUAUCAUCAUUUGUUUGGGGAAGGGAAGUAA